CCCUUGAGAUUAUACAUAGCAAAAACAAGCAAACAAGAGAGAAUUAGGUGAUUAAGUGAAAGAGAGAAAAAAAAUGUCAGGGAUCGUUCACAAGAUUGGGGAGACCCUUCAUGUGGGAGGGCACAAGAAAGAGGAUGAGCACAAGGGGGAGCACCAUGGUGGAGAAUACAAGGGAGAGCAUCAUGGUGAACAUGGUGAGUUCAAAGGAGAACAUCAUGGGUAUGGUGGGGAGCAUCAUGGUGAACACAAAGGGGAGCAGCCUCAUGGGUAUGGAGAGCACAAGGGAGAGCACCAUGGUGAAGAGCACAAAGAAGGGUUCAUAGACAAGAUCAAGGACAAGAUCCAUGGUGAGGGAGAGGGUGAGAAGAAGAAGAAGAAGAAAGAGAAGAAGAAGGAUGAACAUGGCCAUGACCAUGGCCAUGACAGCAGCAGCAGUGACAGUGAUUAGAUCAUCUUAAGGUGCAUGAGACCAUAGUAGUGAGGGGUGUGCCUUUUUUUCUUUCUUUCUUGUGAUCUAUAUUUAUGAGUGAGAAAACAGAAAAGGAAAAAAAAAUAGUGAGAGAGAAAUUGUGCGUGUUUCUGGUUUCUAUUUCGAGUGCUAAUACUCUGGUUUGGUUGUUUUGUAACCCCAGUGCUUUGGUUAUGUUUGGUUGUAUAUUAUCCUAAAGAAAUAAAUAUUUAAAUUACCAGUAUUACUAUUA